AUCCAGGCCCUGCUCGCUGUAGCCCUGUAUACUAUUUUUCCUGGAAGUGCUGCUUUGUGCAUUACAUAUAAUGAAUUUCCACACAACUGAUCUUAUUACAACAUGCCAGUAUGAUGGGUGAUGAACUAUGGGCACCACUGCCACCCCUCAUACACCAGUCACAUCACCUGCCCCCAUCCACUAAUAACAUGGCACCAGAAGAUGCCGCCAUGUAGUUCUCUCUCAUUCCUCUGGACACUGGACUGCCACUCAAGAUGCCCACCUCACAGCAAACAUGGCAGAGCAUGUCCAUGGUCCACUGCCAGGAGAUGCCACCUGAGGAUUCCAUCGUGAACUCUGACCCCUGCACACGACCAACUGCCGUUCAGAUUCAACUGUCGACGGCAGCGAGCAGAGGCGGUCUACAGAUUGGAAGAUUUUUUCGACAAUGGCGUCCACUGGACAGACAGAAGACAGCGAGGAGGAGAAGAGGGAAGAUAAGAGGAAGAGGGAAGAGGAGAGCAUCACUGGAUCCAGCGCCUCAAGGAAGAGGAGAGCAACCGAGGAGAGCGGAUCGGAGGAUGAGGGGCUGACAUCAGACAGCAGCCAAGACUCUGACACGUCCAGCCCCUAUGCCAGGCUUACCAUCAGCCGCUUCACCAUCCACCAGGUCUUGGGCAGGGGCAGCUUUGGCAAAGUGGUCCUGGCAUCAGUCCCUGGCCGAAACAUCUACACGGCCGUCAAAAUUAUCGACAAAAAGUGGGACAAUGCAGAUACCAUCACGAGAGAGCGGCGGAUACUCCUGGCCACCAGAGCCUGCCCGUUCCUAUGCCACCUGUAUGCCGCACAUCAGUCUCAGGAGCGGGCAUAUUUCAUCACGGAGUAUCUGUCCGGUGGCAGCCUGGAGGCUUUGAUCAAUAUGUGCGGCUACCUGAAUACAGACAGCGUAAGAUUCUACACAGCAGAGCUGGUAUGUGGCCUCCAGUUCCUCCAUGGACACAACAUCGUCCACCGAGAUCUGAAGCCGCUUAACAUCAUGUUGGAUGCAGAUGGACACAUCCGUAUAAUCGACCUCGGGCUGGCCCAAGAUGGUGUCACCACCUCCAAUAAGAUCCGUGGAGUGACGGGAAGCCUUUAUUACAUGGCCCCCGAGAUACUUCUUAGGAAAAGUUACUGCACAGCAGUUGACUGGUGGAGUCUGGGGAUUGUGGUGUCCAGGAUGGCAUCAGGACACCACCCAUUUCACUAUGGCCCCUUCCGAAAGACGGCUCGCACAGCCAUUACCACCCAUGAGCCAAACAUUCCAUCUUGGCUUCAUGCUGAUGUGCAACAUCUUGUUGCAAAACUGCUGUGCAAGAAACCUAAGAAGCGUCUCGGUGUGCGUGGCAAUAUACGGAUGCAUCCACUGUUUUCCACCAUCGGCUGGAAGGAACUGGAGGAGAGGAGGGCACGGCCGCCAUUCACACCAUUUCAGCGGGUUCUGGAGAAGCAACAUCUGUGUUGGCCGAAGGAUAAGAAAGCCCAUCACCCCGUGGCCGAAUUUAGCUACAUGUCACCUAGCUGGGCCCGGUGGAUGAGAAGAUCUGGGCUGUGAAGGAGUCCACGACCAUCUGGAUGAAAUCCUGCCAACUUCCCAGAACUUUGUGCCUCCUCCUGACCAAUGCCUCAUGUGUUUGCUGUUCUGUCACCUCGGCUGCCAUGAAAUCUCAUCUCUCUCCAUACCAUCCUGAUGCCUCAUCACUGUCAUCGUGUGGCUGCCCCUGUCCUUGACCUGACAUCCUCCGAUCCCCGGGCUGGCAUCUGACAUCACUCCAGCCUGAAGAUGCUCUAGGACCCCAGGAGCGGCCUGUGCUUAGUUUCCAUCUGGUGAGUUCAGGGACAAUAGCCGCAUGUUGUAGUCCUGGGGCUGCUAAGCGGCUAUUACCCCUGAACUCCCCGCAGCACAGGCCGGGUAAGUAAUACAUACACCGCACAUCACUAACACUACAUGAUAGGUAUAGGAACACUACAGGACAGGUAUAGGAACACUACAGGACAGGUAUAGGAACACUACAGGACAGGUAUAGGAACACUACAGGACAGGUAUAGGAACACUACAGGACAGGUAUAGGAACACUACAGGACAGGUAUAGGAACACUACAGGACAGGUAUAGGAACACUACAGGACAGGCAUAGACACCCACACAUAGCAGACAGAGAUAUCGGCUUUGAUCCUGGGAUUUAUUCUGAUCGCCAUAUUUGGGGUCGGGAAGGAAUUUUCCCCCUAGUUGAGGACAAUUGACCUAUUCCUCACAGGGGUUUUCGCCUUCCUCGGGAUCUACACGGCCUUAAAUAGGUUUAGUAUGAACAUUAGUCCACACAUUAGUAUAGUAAUAUAAAUGUACAAAACAUAAAUGUAGAAAAAAUUGUUUAAAAAACACUUAAUAUUUAAUAAACUAAACAUAAAAUUAGCAGAAGUCUCUGAAUUGAGUAUAAUACACUUCUUACAUUUAUCCCCAUAUCCCGCAGGUCAGGAAUCAACGUUUG